CCGCUCUGCCCGGCCGGCCCGGCCGCCCCGACACCGCGGCCCCGACACCGCGGCCCCGACACCGCGGCCCCGACACCGCGGCCCCGACACCGCCGCCCGUCCCGGGGAGCUGCCGCCCCGCCGCCGCCACCACCCGGCCGAUCCACAAAUAAGUAAACAUGGACGAGGUAGUGGACACCCUAACAAAGAUCGAGCAGAAUUACAAGCUCUUUCAGCAGCAGCAGUUCUCGUUUAUCAGAGCGCUGGAACGGACCCGGGAGGAAGCCCACGACAUGAUGAGACCUGUGUCAUCCAUCGUGCAGGUGCAGUGCUACAGGGACCACCACUGCUACAAUUCCACGGACAGGCGCAUCCUCAGCAUGUUCAUCUCCCUCUGCAACGACCUGCGCAGCCUCUGCCACAAGAUGGAGACGGUGCACCCUGGGGACAGCGUCACCCACUGCCUCCUGGAGAGGUGCAAAGUGCUCCUCAACGACAGCAACGACUUCACUGCCAUUCGAGCCACCUAUCCCCAUGCUGUAGUGAACUACCUGAGCAUGGAAGAAGCGAGGCAUCGCUAUGGGGCAGUGGUGAGCCUGCUCCCCAUCGUUCUAGACAACAUGUGGGAGUGGGUAACCCACAGUAAGAGGCACACGCUGUAUAUUGUGAGUCGUGGACAUGCCACAUCCGAGAAGGAGACACUCACUCCUCCUAGGCACGUUGCAACUCAGACCUGCAAUAGUAACAAAAAAAAUGUGCAAUUGCAGGAAAAAGAUUUCAAGAAAUUCCUGGCUGCACAUCAACGUCCGAAACCAUCAAAGGCUCCCUGGAUACCACCAGGCAAACACCCCUAUUAAAGGAACAAAGCUCCUGCAUCAUCUGCUCACCAUCUUUAACAGCCUGGAUGAUUAAACACAGUGAAAUGAACACCAGAGAUCCAGCCUGAGUCCACUUUCUGAAGAGUUGCCCUGCCAGCGGUGUGAGGAACGUGCCUGUCUGAAGGCUGUGAUGCCAAGGCCUGGCAUUAUGGAUUCAGACAUGUCUUUGACAUUUAGACCUGUCUCUAAAAUUCCCUCAUGCUCCCAGAAACAGUUUGGUUAGCUGGACCACAGAAUCUGUUUACAGGACACUAAGGAGGUUUCUCAUACCUGCCCACUGGCUAGAGGCCAGUGCUCUUCAGCUCUGCUCUGCUGCAGCCUCCUGCAGCUCCUCAGAACAUCUCCCCUUACACCUGUAUGACUCCUGUGCCAUCAGAGCUGGAGAUUUAAAGGAGAGCAGAGUUCAGUUUGUAUGCACUAAUAGCCAAAACACCCCUGUGCCCUCAGACCUCUAUAAAGUAAAAGCCAUUUCCAGUCCAUGUGAUUCAUGGAGAUGUGGUGGGAGCAUCAUGUUCAGAUGGUUCCUGUUCAAACUGCACAUUAAACUGCCUGUGCUUUCCCUGUUUAAAGGCAAGGUUAGGAGUACAUUAGGCCAGAUGCCUCACCCAAGGGACAGGGCCAUGAUGGCCCUGGGGCUCAAAAUAUGGAGCAUGAGGUCAGCACAUGGUCAGACCCUACAGCCCUUCCUAAAUAAGUGUCCUCCCUGUGUCUGACUGCUCUUUUCCCCUCCCACAGACAAAUUACCUCCUGCUGGAAGAAACUCCUGAAUAAACAAUUUCCCUUGCAUAGCAGGCUCAGCUUGCUGAGAAAGCUUUUGCCUUAAAAUCACCAGUUUCUGGCAACAAGCAGAUAAAAAGAGAAAGGAGAAUUAAUACAGAGGAAUUAAUACAGAGGAAGGAAUGACAGGUCAGAUGAAAUGGAAAGCAUUCUUAUUCCUCACAUAACCCCACGUUGUUCUGCACUUUUUUCCUUUCCCCUGUCCACUUGCACUGCAGUGCACCCACCCAGGCUGGAGCAGAGCCCUAUUUUUAGGGAGAUUUGAUCCAACUGAGCUGAGCCUUGGUGAACUCAAAAUGGUAACAGAGGUCACAGAGCGAGCCCUGGGCACUGCUGGGGCCACAGGCAGUGGAAUGUCACCAUCACCCUCUCUGGCUUCGCUUGAGAUCCCUGCUGCAGAGGCAGCUUCAGGCUGAAAAAUCCAAGUUUUGGCAGCUGCCCCGUUGUGUCCGUGGUGCAGACAAGUGUCCAGUGACAGCUGCUGUCUUGGAAAGCUGCUCAGGACAAGCUGCGAGGACUGAACAAUGACAAGUGUUGGGACACAAGAGAUGCUAUUCCCAGAUCUUGUUUCCAACCUUCUUGGCCCAGUCCUGUGGUUUAAAUUUGAACACACAGGCUGUGAGGAGACCAAAAUUAUCCUCCAGCUCACUUUCAGCUUCCAGGGAUGAGCACAGCAAAAAUGGUUUGUCAGAACAGUCCUACCAAAGCCAGUCCACCACUGCUCACAAUUCCAGUGCAGUUGUUGUUUUGCACCUGACCAAGGUGAUGCACACAAAAAAGUUCCCAAAUUUUAAUAAUAAGAUUCAUACAGACACAAAACAGUUCCCAAAUCUUCAUAAUAAUUUCUAAUCUGGCCCUAUCCUUUCAGUCAGUGUCAUGCAGCCAAAAUUUUAAGAUCCAAGCAGAAAAAUGAGUGCAUAAAACUUGCAGUCUGAGGUUUGAUAAUGACAAGACCAGAAUCUGUUGGAAGACUGCAAAGUUAAGUCUCACGAAAACAUCCAGACAAAUUACUUAAUUUCCAUACAAGUUCUCCUCUUCCAGAGUGGAUGGACACUUCAAAAGACAAAAAGAUACAGCAAGAAUUGUUUUCCUCUACUACAAAUCAAGCUGUUUGAAGAAUUUACAUAAACAGGAUGUAAAUGCCAAACACAAAAGUGCAAUAAAGUUUUACUUUAGCCUCGGUGAGCAUAAAAUUGCAAGAUACACACUGAGAAACCAGGCAGGGCACCAGGCUGACUUUGCUACAGAUCUGUCACUUAGUCCUGGAAAUAAAUGCUGCUUUUUUGUUCAAAGGCUGAAUCAGAGAUAUGGGCUGGUAAUAGAUGAUAUCAACAGAAUCCUGGCAUCUGUAUGAAUUAUCUCUGUGCUCCCCUUGGAUUCAGCUAAGGGUCAAACCAGGCUUUUGUCAAACCGAGGAACCUGAUGUAGCUGAAGGUGUCCCCACUCACUGCAGGAGGUUGAACUGGAGGAGCUUUAAAGGUCCCUUCCAAUCCCAACAGUUGUGCAUUAAAACAUUCUGUGUGUUCAAUAUGCGGUUCCAGCCUCCCACACACCGAGAGGGCAGGACACAGCUCAGAGCCGAGGAGUUAAAAUGAAGUGUCAGGGAUGGUGGUGGGCUCUGGAGAGAACCAGAGGGGACCAUGAAGGGGAGAGAGGAACCUCAGCAUCCCAGGGAUGCCGCGGGAGCUGAAGCCGAGCGAAGGAUGGGCUUGGCAGGACCUCUAGCGGCCGCCUCAGAGCAGUGUCCAAACCUCUCAGCAGCGACUUCUGAACAGUUCCAACCACCUGCUGUCCCCACUCCUGAAUCCACAGAGCCUUUUAAACAUUGGUCACAGGCACCCAACCCCUGGGAUACAGCCCAGGGCAGCCGUGGGGCGCCCGCUCCCACUUCCAUCCCCAGGGCUGUAAUCUCAGGAGAGCCAGCGGCUGUUCCCUGUCACCACCAGCCUGUUCUGUCACCUCCCCACAUCAUACACACCCCGGGGCAGAGAGGUUUUCCUGGGGGUCCUGAAUUCCCCUGGUGGUGGUGCAGCACCAGUUCGAGCUUUCAGUCAGCUGAGCAUCGAGCACAGCGAGCAGAGGCAGCUUUGCAGAGAGCAGGAACAGCGUCUGGCAGACAGCAAAGAUCAGCCAGCCCAAAACUGCAGUGAAAAGACCUUCAGGAAAAAAAAGGUUUAGCCGAGUAAAGCCCACAGACACCAAAAUCAUGACGACAAUAAGUCAAUUAUUUGCAAGUCUUGUCUGGAAAACAAAGCCCAUGGGAAUGCAAACCAGGCUUCCUUAGCAGAGCUCCUGAGUAGGAACGGAUGAGGCAACUCAACUCCUGUGAUUUCCUAUUUUGUAACUUUUAAAAUCCACCAUUGUGCCAGCAGCUAAGUAAUUCCAACAAUCAGAAUCAAUCAGCAAAGAUAUUUUAGUUUCCUGAAUUUGAAGUAUUUCCUUCCCUAAUGUCUCCUGUGUGAUUAUCAGCUAUGUUAUGAACUAUGAAAUGUACUACUUGGCAUUAGUAAGGAGGAGACUUAAUUUUUCUCUUUUUGUACCCCAGUAAUACACUUCCAUGGGUAAUUUUUAACUAAUGAUUUUUUACACUGGCAAGUGCAGCUUUUCAAUGCCAAGCUUGAGGGAUGCCUUAUUUCAAACCCCAUUUUGUGUAGGGCAAGUAAAACUCCCUUUUGGUGUUUUCAUUUUACUACCCCAUGCUAAUGGGGUAGUAAAAUGAAACUAAUCAGUAGAACUAAUCCCAGUGCAGAGGUGCAAACAACUUUCUGUGCCACUGAACUCCAAGAUAUUUUCUGUAUGAAAUUCUCCAUAAACAUUACUUGGCAUGUUCACAAUGUGUCACUUGCACAACUUAGAUCCCUGCCUAUGUUGCUCAUAUUUAAGAAUUAUGCUCAGUCCUUAACUGGAAUGCUGAGGCUCGUGUAUGGAUUGCUAAACUGCUUUGGCAAUCUUUCAAAUAUUCAUUUAUUUCAAGAAGAGAAAAAAAAAUCCAAAUAAAACCCAAUGAAAGACCAGAACCAGUGAGAAAGUGCCAGUCUGGGAAAAAAGCAAAACAAAAAAGAGAAUAAUCUUACCUCACCAGGUUAAGCUUAGAACAGUAGUCCCAAAAUUCCUCAUGGUCUAAGGAAGUGUCCUCGUGUGUGCACUGCAUGGAAGGGGAAAGCACAGACAGAGCCAAGUCCUGACAGCAGCUCCAGCUCUGCAAACAAGGCUCUAACAUUUGCAGCUAUUAAUUUCUCUAAUCACUGUACAGUCCUGGCCUGCAGGAGCAAGGCCAUGCAGAAGCUCACCCGCGGAUUUGCAGCACUGAACUGUUUGUAGCUCAUUUAUGGAUUAUACUGGCACAUUGUUGGUGAGUUUGUCUGUCACAGAAGGAAAAAAGGCUUUGGCUCCAUGCACAAAAAUGAGCUUCUAAUGGUGAAUCCUGUGCAAAGGGGCAGCAGCACUGACCUGCUCUGGACUGUCCCAUCUGGGGAGAUGCUUGGACACUCAACUCCCUUCCAUGUGUUUGGUCCCAAAGAGGUCUGCCAGGGAAUCUAACACAGAGUAGUGCAAAACAAUACAUUUUAUUUGUUCACAGUUAAACACAAGCAACUGCCUUGACGUUUUAGAACAUUCUAAUAAGGACAGCAAAACCUCCUUUUGGUUUAAGUUCUCUUUAGCUUACGAUUGUACCAUUUCCUCGUAUUUCAUAUUUAUGGCAUUUAAUGUGGAUUGUUUAACAUGCUUACAAAGAGCGAGGCAGGGAACAGAUUAACUUGACAAAGACAGCAAUUUUAGAUUUAACUAAAAGCAGUCAGUUAAAAAAAAUCUGUUUCCACUUCACUGAUGGGACCCCUUCAAACAAACUGCAAGUUAACUACAUACAGCAGAUCCAUGAUUUUUAGACUUAGGAAAGAAAAUUGCAAAAUUUGUUCCUCCAUAAUCUUUGUGGUCCAUAAACAAACCUAAAGUGGUUUCCAUUACUAUCCUGGUGCUAAAAUCCUGUUUAAAAGAAGAAAAACAGCCACCUUAUCAAAGAGCUUGCGUUGCUGCCAGGGCAUUUUUGGGACUGACACAAAACCUGCCUCUCAUGGGACGCCAGAUCUGGGCUGGGCAGAGCAGGAUGGGAAUGAGCUCCUCCAGCAGGCCUGGCUGAGCUGGCCCAUCAGGCCC